AUAAGCAAUCGUCUGCGGGCGUCUACACGUGACUAGACGCAGUCUGCUUGGCAUUCCGGGGUAAAGAAAAGGGGGAAUCCCUUCGCUAUACAUCGAAACAGUGGACCGCUCUUCUCUUCAACAUGCCAACGUCACGCCCGCUUCUUCGUGGGGAAAUUACGUACUCCACUGCACAAAAAAAAGAAGUGAAUAUUCUCCAUCGCUUAAGCUACCAUGACCAAAGGGAAAGAUUCUUUGCACAUGUUGUUGAAAGACGCGACUGGAUAGAAGCCAUAGUCGCUCAUCAUCUCAAUCUGGGGUCACCCAACUCAUGCUAUAUGGAUGAUAUGGAAAAUUGGCACCAUGGAAGCUUCAAUAUAUGUGUUCCGGUGACUGUUAACGAUUGGAAGCGAAAAGAACAGCCUGGGAAGCGUGUUUUGCUUCGAUUUCCUCUUUCAUAUCGUGUUGGUGAUGCAUUUCGACCUGGAAAUGGGGACGAAAAGAUCUGUUCAAACUGCCCGGAUGUCCCUAUUCCGAAGCUAUACGGGUUUGCUACAUCUACUGGUCAAACCUUUACCCGAUUACAAGACCUGCCUACUUUCACCCGCUGGUUUCAAUACGUUCGUCGACGACUUCUAUCAUGGCUUGGACGUCCUGUCCCUACUCAAUUUGUUUGUCACCAAGCCGCUGGCAACAUAUCCCAAAAUAGAGUCAUGGGCGCUGGCUAUCUCCUGAUAGAAUACAUCGAGGAAGAACAGGGAGAAAUGCUCUCAAAUACCUGGCCCGAGAAACAGCUUGAUGCUGGACUGAGAACCAAUUUUUUCCGUGAUCUUUCGCGAAUAUUACUGAGCAUCACUCGGAUCCCCUUACCAAAAAUAGGCUCGUUUACUAUUGACCCAAAUGGAUUCUUACAGUUGACAAAUCGUCCACUUUCAAUCGGAAUUCACGACCUCGAAAAUGACAAAAUUCCUAUUGACAUACCGCGAGACUAUACUUAUUCCACGAUUGACUCAUAUGUGACAGAUAUUCUUCGUAUACAUGAUAGUCGACUCCGAUAUCAGCCAAACGCAAUCAAUGAUAUAGGGGACUAUAUUUACCAGACAUCAGCUUUGGCAGCAAUGCGAACAACAUUUCCAUCAUUCUUUAAAUCAGAACUACGACGUGGUCCUUUUACCUUUAUGCUUACAGACCUUCACCCAAGCAAUAUCUUUGUUGAAAAAGAUUGGUGUAUUACCUGCUUGCUAGAUCUUGAAUGGGCAUGUACUCGACCUAUCGAGAUGCUACGAACUCCGACCUGGCUCACGAACAAGGCCUUCAUUGAUAUCCUGGCCGAUGAAGAACAGAAGCUUAGGAGCAAGAUAUCACCAGUUACCCAACCGUCACUAUCGGUUAUUAUGAAAGACGGCUGGAAAAAGGGAACAUUCUGGCACUCACUCGCGCUUGCCAGUCCAACCGGUCUCUUCGCCGUAUUUUACAAGCAGAUCCAGCCUAGAUUUCUCGAGAACUGCCCUGACCACGACACAUUUCAGCAGAUUAUGCCAUGGUACUGGGCACACGACUGGGUCAACGUUGCAGCUAGCAAACUAUCAGACAAAAAAGAAUAUGACAUCGAACUUCGGAAAGCGUUUGAAACCGACCCGAGCCCCUAUUGA